AUGUUUUAAAACUUUUCUUCUCUUCAGAAAUUAUUAAAACUCAACUAAAUACAAUAUGAAAUUCUCAUUAUUCACUCUUUCCACUUUAAUUACUAUUGCUCUUGCAUUAGCUGCUCCUGUUCCAGAAUCUGAAGAAGCUCAAGAUUCUCUUCCAGACGUUGUCCUUCCAGACAACGCUAUCUACGCUGCAGCUCCUAUUAACACUGAUCAAUAUCCAGCUAUUGCUGAAGUUGAUGGACAGACUUAUCUUGUUGUUGUCAACGCUACUCAAGCUCCAGAAAUUGCUAAAAGAGAAGCUUCUUGGCACUUAACCUCUAAGGGUGCUUUUGUUCCAUUCAAGAGAGAUGCUAAUGCCGAUGCUGAUGCUGAAGCUGGAUGGCACUUAACUUCUAAAGGUGCUUUUGUUCCAUUCAAGAGAGAUGCUAAUGCCGAUGCUGAUGCUGAAGCUGCAUGGCACUUAACUUCUAAAGGUGCUUUUGUUCCAUUCAAGAGAGAUGCUAAUGCCGAUGCUGAUGCUGAAGCUGCAUGGCACUUAACUUCUAAAGGUGCUUUUGUUCCAUUCAAGAGAGAUGCUAAUGCCGAUGCUGAUGCUGAAGCUGCAUGGCACUUAACUUCUAAAGGUGCUUUUGUUCCAUUCAAGAGAGAUGCUAAUGCCGAUGCUGAUGCUGAAGCUGCAUGGCACUUAACUUCUAAAGGUGCUUUUGUUCCAUUCAAGAGAGAUGCUAAUGCCGAUGCUGAUGCUGAAGCUGCAUGGCACUUAACUUCUAAAGGUGCUUUUGUUCCAUUCAAGAGAGAUGCUAAUGCCGAUGCUGAUGCUGAAGCUGCAUGGCACUUAACUUCUAAAGGUGCUUUUGUUCCAUUCAAGAGAGAUGCUAAUGCCGAUGCUGAUGCUGAAGCUGCAUGGCACUUAACCUCUAAAGGUGCUUUUGUUCCAUUCAAGAGAGAUGCUAAGGCUAAUGUUGAUGCUGAAGCCUGAUGGCAUUAACCUCCUAAGGUGCUUUUGAACCAUUCUAACUCUAUUUUUUUAUAUUAUAUAAUACAUACAGACACGAUUCAAUUCUUAUUAGACCAUUGUUUCCCCUUUUCAGUUC